UCAAGAGACACUCAGACAGUCAGACUUCGGAUAAGCCUCCACUCCACCAGACUCUCCACUGGUCGCCAAAUCCAAAUCAUGGCAGCUCUCUCUUCUCUGUCUCUCCACGCUACGCCUCGUCUAUCUAUCCAAUUUCCCUCAAAACCCAUUAAGCCCUCCUUCAUUCUCCCCAAUUUCUUUUCUCUCUCCACCGCAGUUAAACUCUCCGGCUUAAGAGCAAAAUCAAUCGACGACAUUGAUACUUCCUUCUUCGACGAUGUCGACCCCGAGGAGGAAAUCGUCUUCGACCCCCCGACCCCGCCGGAGGACUUCGUUCCCCCUCCAUACUUCGACGAGGGACCCAUGGAAACAGAGGAAGAAAUUGCCGCGGCCUACGAGGAACUGUACGGUCCCGCCUAUAGCGGGGAGAGCUUAUUGGGAAACGAUGUGCGCGUGAUGGACGCCAAGGUUAAGAAGAGUACUUGGUUCGGUUCCAGGUCGCAGAAGGAUAAGGUCAAAGACGGGUUUGACGAGAGGGUAGUUCAGGUGAGGAGAGUAACCAAAGUGGUCAAGGGAGGGAAGCAGUUGCGAUUUAGGGCGAUUGUUGUGGUUGGGGACAAGAAGGGGCAGGUAGGUGUUGGGGUCGGCAAGGCCAAGGAGGUUAUUGCCGCAGUACAAAAAUCGGCGAUUAAUGCCAGGAGGAAUAUUGUUUCGGUGCCCAUGACAAAGUACUUGACUUUCCCGCAUAGAUCUGACGGAGAUUAUGGAGCAGCAAAGGUGAUGCUUAGACCUGCUGCCCCUGGUACUGGAGUGAUCGCGGGAGGUGCUGUGAAAAUUGUUCUCGAAAUGGCAGGUGUUGAGAAUGCCUUGGGAAAGCAACUCGGUAGUAAUAAUGCCCUUAACAACGCGAGGGCCACAGUAGUUGCAGUGUCACAAAUGAGGCAGUUCCGUGAUGUUGCUCGUGAGCGUGGUAUCCCAAUGGAAGAACUGUGGAAGUGAGGGGAUUAGAAGAAGCAUUGUACUGCGGAUAGGAAGUGGGUUCAAAAGGCAAAUGCCCCAUCACACCUCACAAGAAGACUCUAGUUCUAUCCCCCCCCUCCCCUGGCCCCCCUUAUGAGCCGUUCUUACAAACAAAAAGCAUUGUGUAUUUUGUUUUUGAAUCUGAAGAUUCAGAUUCUCUACAUCUUUCUGUAAUGCUUGCAAGCCAGAAAACAAAUCAGCCAUUUUUAUCCAUAUUGAAUCUCCAACUAAAAGACAA